AUGGAGUAUGCCGACAAAUGGCACCUUUCCCAAAUGGAGCUAGACUUGCUGCAGGCGACAGCGACUCACUGUAUUACUUUGCUGCUUUCAUCGCAGGGUCUGUGCUAUGCAAGUACGUUAUCGGAAGGGGGUAGGGCGGUCAAAAACUGCGAGGCUGCCCUUCACCACCCCGCCUCAAUCGUGAGACCUAAGGAUGUCCGGCAAGUCCAGCAAUGUGUCAAAUGGGCUUUGAAACACGGGGUCAUCUUGAGCAUUAUUGGGGGAAGCCACAGCGGCCACUGCUUAUGGUCAAACGUCGUUGCGGUCGACAUGAGUGCCUUCGACAAAAUACACAUUUCAACUGCUGAAAAUGACGUUCAUGGAUGCAACACCUUGGUUGUUGUCGAAAGCGGCUGUAGGACUGGGGAUAUCAUCCGUGAGACAAUGGCGGCGGGUAUUACCGUGCCCUUAGGGGCCCGCCCUAGCGUUGGCGCGGGGCUGUGGCUUCAAGGUGGCAUCGGGCAUCUAACAAGACUUCACGGGCUCGCGUGCGACGCCAUCAUCGGUGCUGUAGUGGUGGGUCUUGAGACUGGUCAGAUCUUCUGCAUCGGGCAUGUACCGACCCAGCACCAACCAAUUGAUGCGCGUUGCCCGAUAAACGAGAAUGGUAUCCUGUGGGCGAUGAAAGGCGCUGGGACCAAUUUUGGCAUAGCUAUUAGCGUGACUUUUAAAACAUUUGAGGCUCCUAAAUUUUCAACUCGGAAAUGGAUUAUCCCACUGAGGGAUCAGGAUGACGCAAAGCUCAAGCCCCAGAAAUUUGACAAUCAUAUCACCAGAAAGCUGCCCCAAAAUUGGUCUGCAGACAUCUAUUUGUACUGGGAAGUCGACCAGCUUCGUCUUGGCAUCACUACGUUCGAAUCUUCCACAAUUGGGCACGUCUCUACAUCACGAAUAUUAAUCUCGAUACGAACGUUGUUCGGACAGGAAGUCUCCGGGGAUAUCGCAAACAGUGUCGAUUUGUUCGAGGUCGACAUGUACAUGUCCAGCAUGCACGGUGGACACGGUGGACACGGUGGAGCCAAAACAUCCUUUUUCAAGCGAUGCUUAUUCUUAAAAGAUGUUGGACGUAUCGCUGACAUUUUGUUGUCGGCUAUUGACACUCGUCCUACCCCAUUUGGCUACCUCCAUCUCCUGCACGGUGGCGGAACGGUUCAUGAUAUAGCGGCCGAUGCCACGGCGUUUGGCUGUAGAGACUGGGAAUUUGCCUGUGUAGUAACGGGUGUUUGGGCUCGAUAUCAAGACAACAGCUUUCUCUUUCGAACUGUCGUGGAGUGGGUGUAUAAGGUCGCUAAGGAAAUGCUGCCAUUGUGUAGUGGAGUCUACAGUGCAGACCUCGGGCCGGAUCCCAAAGAUUAUGCGCUGGCGGCUAAGGCUUUUGGGCCUAAUGGGCCACGUCUGGCUCGCCUCAAGCACAUUUUAGAUCCGCACAAUGUGCUGGCUUAUGCCUGCCCAAUUCAGAAAGCGGCUAUAGGACCGAAACUUAUCAUACUUGUCACAGGUGAAAGUUGUGCUGGGAAAAACUAUUGCGCCGAAACCUGGGCCUCUGCGUUGAGUUCGUCCGGCCAUGAGGGCCUGGCGGUGCGAAAAGCAAGCAUUAGCGAUAUUACCAACCGAGAAUAUGCGGUGGCUACCGGUGCCGACCUUGGGCGUCUCUUUGGGGUCCGUGCCUACAAAGAACAACAUCGGCCAGCGCUGACAAGAUUCUUCAAAGACCAGGCUAAACAGCGCUCACGAUUGCCAGAGGAGCACUUCUUAGAUUUGGUCCACAACUGGACGGAUUUUGAUGUGUUGCUCAUCUCAGGAAUGAGAGAUGAGGCCCCAGUCGCCGCCUUCUCAUAUCUGGUCCCAGGAAGCAGACUUCUAGAAGUUCGCGUUCAAGCCAGCAAGGAGACACGGCGAAUCCGUCGAGGAUGUCCCAGUGCCAGUAAUGACAAGUACCAGGAAGAUGAGGACAUGAGUGAUGGGAAGGCAAAUGUGGCAGGCACUGACUGUUGUCCCAGCUUCAUCUUCGAUAAUGAAAUGUCUGGGAAGAAUGCAAUCACCUGCUUUGCCGAAGAGCAUCUUCUUCCGUUCUUUGAUGAGGACUAUCAGUUAUUGAGUGAUAUGGUACGCCUGGCACCCAACUUUCCAUGUCCAGGCAUCGACUUUAGGCACGUGCUCAACAUCAUUCAGCAGCCCGGCGGGCUAGCUCUGUCGUUAAUCCGCCAAGCCGGCAAGCAGCCACCACCAACGGUUUCUGUGCUCAAGUCUAUGUCACAUGUUUCGUCUUCGACAUCCAAGGAUUUGAAAGAGGAGUUGAUUGAGAUAGUUCAAGAUUUGAUCCCCCGGGAUGCUUUAGUAGUGGUAGUAGACGACAUGCUUGCCACGGGGAACACACUCUGUGCGGGUCUACGAUUGCUACAGAAAGCCAAUGUCAGUGUUCAGGACAUAAGGAUAGUUGUCGUGGCCGAGUUUCCUAUUCACCGCGGCCGAGAGCUGUUACGUCAAAAUGGGUUUGGGGGAGUCCAGAUUCAGAGCCUCCUAAUUUUCGAUGGUGCUUAA